AUGGAAUAUGCUCUUGAGCUAAGGAGAACAACAAGUGGAUCUCAAAUUAAGGGUUCUAGCUCAUCACCUCAGUCCUUGUUUCAUGAGGAAAGGGGACACUACAUGGGUAUUUCACAAGAAAACAAGGGAAUAUCGUCACAGUUUGAAAUUUUUUUAAGUGUUGUACUAGCUGAAGAAGUUCAGGGUGAUAGUGUUCUGAGUUUAAGGGAUGAUGUAGUAGAGGUUGUCCAAGAUAAUAUGGUGGGUGAGGUAGAAAAUGAUAAUUUCAAUGAUCUUGAUUAUAACUUGGAGGAAGGUGAUGAAGAUUAUCAUGAUGUUGUUACUGAGCGUCGUCAUAUGAAGAAUCAGAUUAUGACGAUUCUGAUGAAUUGUUGGAGGGGGGGUACUGAUUCAGAAGCCGAGGUAGAAUAUAAAGAGUAUGAUGCAAAAAAUGACAACCCUAUUUUAGAAGUAGGGAUGAAGUUUGCCAGCUUUGAACAGUUUAAGGAGGUUUGUAUGAACUGGGGGAUCAAACAUAUGAGGCAAAUACAUUUCGCCACCAAUGAUAAAAAAAGAUGUAUUUGUAAAUGCAAGCAAUCUGGGUGUCCAUUUCAUGUUUUUGCUAGCCCAAUAAGUAAGUUUGAUCCUACCAUUCAAAUCAAAACCAUGAAUAUAAAUCAUACAGGUCCUACAGUAUCUGACAAUUUUCAUUUGACACAUCAAUGGAUUGCAAGAAAGUAUUUUAAUAUUUUUAGAAUUGAUCCAACUUGGAGUGUUAAGGGAAUAAUUGCAAUAGUGCAGAAGGAUCUUGGCUACACAAUAGAAUAUAUGAAGGCAUGGAGGGCCAAACGACAAGCUUUGAAAUGGGUUUAUGGAGAUGAGGGUGCACAAUAUGAAAAAUUGUUAAGAUAUAGGGCUGAUUUGCUGAAUACAAAUCCAGGCUCUAAUGUAGAAAUUUGGAGAGAUGAAAGUAAAUUUAAGGGAUUUUAUGUGUGUCUUGCUCCUUUGAAGGAAGCUUUUAAGUCUGGGUGUAGGCCAUUAAUAAGCCUAGAUGGUUGUUGGCUUAAGGGCACAUAUGAAGGCAAUUUGUUAGCUGCUGUUGCAAUUGAUCCUAAUGAUUGCAUCUUUCCUGUUGCAUAUGCUGUGAUCGCUGAUGCUGAAAGUAAAGAGACUUGGAGUUGGUUUUUAACCAAUCUUGGAUAUGAUUUAGAGAUAACAAAUAGUCACCACAUCGCAUUCAUGUCUGACAGACAAAAGGGAUUGAUUGGGGCUGUUAAGGAUUUAUUUCCGGAAGCAGAACAUAGAAAUUGUGUCAGACACAUGUAUCAAAAUUUUAGACAAAAACAUAAAGGCAAGGCACUAAAGGACCUAGUAUGGAAUGCAGCAAGAGCAAGUAAUGAAGUGAGAUUUAGGAUAUGUAUGGAACGACUCGAGCAAGAGGAUAGAGAGGCUAGAAAAUGGUUUGAUCAUUCUGAAAGGCCAUUCCAAACCUGGACUAGAGCAUUGUUCAAGACACAUAGUAGAUGUGACAUGCUCUUGAAUAAUCUUUGCGAAAGUUUCAAUAGGUACAUUCUUGAUGCAAGAGACAAAGCUAUUAUAACUCUAUUGGAAAUGAUAAAGAAUAAGCUUAUGAAGAGGUUGUAUAAGAAAAAGGAAUGGAUUAACAAGUAUCAAGGUCUUAUUUGUCCAAAAAUUGAAAAAAAAUUGAACCAAAUAAGACUUGAGGCAGCUUUGUUUAUACCAAAUUUUUCUGGUGGACCAAAGGUGUCGGUUGAGGGUCCAGGAGGGCCAUUUAUUGUUGAUAUGCAAAAAGGAAGUUGUACAUGUAGAAGAUGGGAUUUAACAGGUUUGCCUUGUCCUCAUGCUUUGGUUAGUAUUCAUGGAAAUUGUGAUAGAGUUGAAGAUUACGUGAAUGUAUACUACAAAGUUGAAACUUUCAAAAAUGUGUACUCACAUUUCAUUAAUCCAACCAAUCCCGAGGAUCAUUGGCCAGAAGUUAUGAAUGGUGGUGAGGUUCUUCCUCCUAAGAUAGUAAGAAAGAAGAGAGGGAGGAAGCCUAAAUUAAGACGAAAGGAAGCUGAAGAGCUACAAAAACAGAAACAAGCUGAAGUGCAAAGACAAUCGGAAAGUAGGUUAGCCAAAAGGGGUGAAGAACUGGCUCAAAAAAAAUAA